AUGGCUACCACCACAACAGCAACCAAGAAAUCCAACUCUCAGGCAGAGGAAUCUAUCAAAACGCAAGAAAACAAGUCCACAGCAUCAGCAUCAGAGCCAACAUCAGCACCAGCACCAGCACCAGCACAGGCACCGGCACCGACGCCGGUAUCAAACUCGAACCCCACCCAAUCAUCUUCUACUAACAACGCCAAACCAGCAUCUGUCCCACGAGCCUCAUUCUUGCCAACUCAACCAGCACCUCUCACCUCACGUGACAAAACCACCAAGAGAUUAAUCGUCGUGUUAUCACAAGCAUGCUUAGAAACGUACAAGAUGAACAGCAGUAGCAAUUCAGGUGGCGGCGACAGAUUCGCAUUACUAAACUGUGAUGACCACCAAGGGUUAUUACGAAGAAUGGGACGUGACAUUGCUGAGGCCAGACCCGACAUCACUCACCAGUGUUUGUUAACCUUGUUGGAUUCACCCAUCAACAAAGCUGGUAAGUUGCAAGUUUACAUUCAAACAGCACGUGGAGUUUUGAUUGAAGUCAACCCCAGUGUGCGUAUCCCGCGUACAUUCAAGCGGUUCUCUGGGUUAAUGGUUCAGUUGUUGCACAAGAUGAGCAUAAGGUCGGAGAAUUCCAAGGAGGUUUUGUUGAAAGUAAUCAAGAACCCAAUAACUGAUCAUCUACCUACAAAGUGCCGUAAGAUUACUUUGUCCUUUGAUGCCAAGGUUGUUAAGGUGCAGGAUUAUGUGGCUAAAUUGGAUGAUGAUGAGAGCAUAUGUGUCUUUGUUGGGGCCAUGGCUAGAGGUAAGGACAAUUUUGCUGAUGAGUUUGUUGAUGAAAAGAUUGGAUUGUCAGAUUAUCCAUUGUCGGCAUCCGUUGCAUGUUCUAAAUUCUGCCAUGGUUGUGAAGAUGUUUGGGAGAUAUACUAA